AUGGGUCAGGGGCUGAGUUGCAGACAGAGUGAUGAACAUGGGCUCUUCCGUGCCGUGCAGUUUGGGGACUUGGACACUGUGGAAGCUUUGCUAGAGAGAGAACCAGCUCUCUUGCGCCAGUCGACUGUCUAUGACCGCCACUCUGCUCUUCAUAUUGCUGCUGCGAAUGGCCAGAUCGAGAUUCUUUCUAUGCUCUUAGAACGAUCUGUAAAUCCAGAUGCGUUGAAUCGUCACAAGCAGACUCCACUUAUGUUGGCUGCAAUGCAUGGCAAGAUCUCGUGCGUAGAAAAGCUUCUUGAAGCCGGAGCAAAUGUCUUAAUGUUUGAUUCCCUUCAUGGACGAACCUGCUUGCAUUAUGCUGCUUACUAUGGUCAUUCUGAUUGCCUUCAAGCUAUUAUUUCUUCUGCUCAUUCAAGUCCUGUUGCUGUUUCUUGGGGAUUUUCACGAUUUGUGAAUAUUAGAGAUGGCCGGGGAGCAACACCAUUGCAUUUGGCAGCCCGUCGAAGUAGGCCUGAAUGUGUACAUAUUCUGUUAGACAACGGAGCUCUUGUUUGUGCUGCAACUGGUGGAUAUUGCUGUCCUGCGAGCACUCCACUUCAUUUGGCUGCUAGAGGGGGAUCUCUGGAUUGCAUACGUGCAUUGUUGGCAUGGGGUGCAGAUCGUAUUCAAAGAGAUUCAUCCGGGAGAAUACCAUAUAUAGUUGCUUUGAAACACAAACAUGGAGCUUGUGCAGCAAUGCUAAAUCCUUCAUCAGCUGAGCCUCUUGUGUGGCCAGCACCUCUGAAGUUUAUUAGUGAGCUUAAUCAGGAGGCAAAAGCUCUGCUAGAACAGGCCUUAAUGGAGGCAAACAGGGAGAGGGAGAAGAACAUCUUGAAAGGAACUGCUUAUUCUCUUCCAUCUCCAUCACAUUCUGAUGUUGGGACGGAUGACAAUCUGUCUGUGGAAAGCGAUUUAGAUCUAUGCUGCAUAUGCUUUGAGCAGGUGUGUACAAUUGAAGUCCAGAAUUGUGGCCACCAAAUGUGUGCACAAUGCACUCUAGCCCUCUGCUGCCAUAACAAGCCUAACCCAACAACAUUGUGUGUAACACCACCAGUUUGCCCAUUCUGUCGAAGCACCAUUGCCCGUCUGGUAGUUGCAGAGAUUAAAACUUAUGAUGAUGCUGAUCAUGACACCGGAGAUAACAAUUCCUCCAAGCUAAGAAAGGCAAGGAGGUCCCGAAACUUCAGUGAGGGCAGCAGCAGUUUCAAGGGGUUAUCGGCAUUGGGUUCUUUUGGAAAGAUGGGUGUCCGUGGCUCAGGAAGGAUUCUUGCUGAGAAUGAAUGGGUUGACAAGCCUUGA